UUUGACAACCCAAACUGUGACGGAUUGACGCGAAAGCGAAGCGAACGAAGCGUUUUGCGUUUUACCAAACAGUUUAUUUAUUUAUAAACACAAAUUCUCCGCAGAAAAUGCUCUGCGACAUUCCCAAUGGCUAACCAGAACAUCGAAGAAUGGUCCGUGGACCAAGUGGCGGACUGGCUGACCGGGCUGGGCGCGCCGGCGGCGGGCUACGCGGCGGGGCUGCGCGCGCGCGGGCUGCACGGCCGCAAGCUGCUGACGCUGCGCUGCGACGACCUCGAGUACCUCGGGGUGACGGUCAUCGGCCACCAGGAGCUCAUCCUCGAGGCCGUGGAGCAGCUGCGCGACUAUCAAUACGAGCUAUCCCGCGAGUGCGUGGCCCGCCUGGCGCUGCGCGCGCGCGUGGCGGCGGCGGCGCUGCGCUCGCUGUGUCCCUCCGAGCGCCGGUUGCACACGCAGGCGCUGGCUGACGUGGCCAGGACUGUUAGUGCGGUGAAGCCGCUGGUUUGCUGGUUGGACCGCUGGUCCCUGUUCGGCGGCAGCGGGCUGGCGGAGCGGCGCGCGCUGCUGCUGAAGCUGUCGCUGGAGGCCGCCACCAGCGCGCAGCGAGACAGGUUCGCGGAGCAGCCGGCGCGCGCCGUGGCCGCCGCCGCCGCCGCCAUCGCAUCCACCGCGGACUACAUCAUACAGGACGUGCAAGACCACAUGGUGCUGGUCCCGGCUCGCGUGGACUCAGUGACGCUGCAGCAGGGCGCGCGGCCGCUGGGGUUCCGCCUGGCGCCGCCGCCCGCCGGCAGACACCUGGCAGAUAUACGCUUCGGCUCGCCCGCGCACAGGCACCCGCAUAUACAUGACGGGGAUGAGAUACUGCAGGUAGGCGACCGGGUAGUAGUAGGCUGGGGCGGAGACGCAGUGAUGGCUGAAUGCAUGCGUGCGGCCGCGGCGGCGCCCCGCGGCGAACUGACGCUGUCGCUGCGGCGGCGCGGCGCGCGGGGGGCGGGCGCCGCGCUGGCCACGCCCACCGGCAGGCAGGCGCGCGAUUGGCCCAGACACAUGAGGAGGUUCCCGCCCCCCUGGGAGUACAACGACUUGAGGAGCUUCAAACGCGAGUUCGGUCUGCUCCCGGCGAGCGCGGAGCCGGCGUCGGAGACCCCCCCCCGCGCCGACCCCCCCUCGUCCAGCGACGAGAGCGAGCUGUCCCCCCCCGCGUCCCCCUCGCACGCGCCCGCCAGCCGCAUGUACGCGCCCCGCCCCCGCGCCCCCGCGCGCCGCCGCUACACCGUGUGCGGGGGCUCCCCCCGCGCCCCCCGCCCCGCCGCGCUGCACCAGUUCUGGGCGGAGCUCAAAUCCUCCAAGUGGCCGGCCGCCCCGGGCUCCUCCACACUCGAGGCCGCGCCGCUGCGCCGCGGGCUGGCCCAGUCCUGCGGCACCGGGCUCGAGCUGCGCCCCGCCACCUGCCUCGGCCUGGCCACCAACCAUCCCAAGAUACGACACAUCAAGAUACAGGAGAACAGAGGCAAGCUAGACAAGAGUCACUCCACCCCGGCGUAUGACUUCAACAACAGCCAGGACGAACCCGGGUCACUCGUCACCCAAAUCAUUCCUGAAUCACCGACAACCCCUAAUGACAGCCCCACGAUACUAGUGCAUUCUGCUGAAAAGGCAGACCAGAUACUAGACUUCAAGAAAUCGAGCACACAGAUAGAAGAGGCGAUACAACAACAGCAGAGCAAACGGCAAAACGGAGAUGAGAAGUCCAAGUUUCCGUUCAAUGAAAAGGAUGAGGAGGUCAACAAAGUGCUCGAGACUAUUAACAUAGCGAUGAUCGAGCAUCAAAACAAGGAGCAGAAGACGCGUUUGUCGACUUAUAAGUCGACGAGUCCGGAACACAAGAAUUUCCCCGCGAGCGAACACGUCAAGACGAUACAAAAUGAGAUUGUACAAGCGAUCAAUGAACAGAGAGUGGUGACAAAUGUACGUAGUGCCCCUAAACCAGUCAGUAUACCGGAGGUCGCGCCCGCGCCGCCGCCGCGACCCAUUUGUACGCAAAAACCAAUCAUCAAAGAACCACAGCUACCCAUGAAGGAGAUGAAAGUGCCGUUCCCAGUUCUAAAGCCAGUCAGACAACCAGAAGUGGUCGAACAACACACUCCGCUAAAGCCGUUUAAACACGGAGAGCCGAUACAGAUAUCCGUCCCGCUCUCACACAUCACCAAACACGACAUACAGAUGAUACCGAGCGAGAGAAGAGAACUGCCGCCGUUGAACUGCGAGAUCAACCUCAAUGUAUCGCAAAGUGACGUGUCAAAAGUAGGGAAAGAUAAAGAUUCGCCGUCACUGUCGCAGUCGCAGAGUCUGCAGAGGCUAGAGUCGCCCGUCAGUCUAUACUCUCCGGUGAAGACGUCGACCUUAUCGCCCACGACGGCGAGCGUGGUGCGCGGGAUAUUCCCAUCGUCUAAGUCGAAGAGUCUGAAGAAGAAGAACUCUAUUUUGGCGAAGGGCCGCCACGUCCCGUUCCGCGUAUGGAGCGUAUACGCGUCGCUGGCGGGGCGCGCGUGGCAGCGCGUGCGGGCCGCGGGGGGCGGCGCGGGGGGCGCGGGGGCCGCCGGGGGGGCGGGGGGCGCGCGCUGGGCACCCAGAGCGCUGUUGUUAGCUGAUGACAGGUUGUUGGCGUAUAGGGGGCCGCAGUGCAGCCGCGCGGACUGCGUGAUCUACCUGAGCGGGUUCACGGUGUCGGAGGCGCCCGAGGUCAAGAGCAGACCCUACGCGUUCAAGGUGUACCACACAGGAAAGGUAUUCUACUUCUCGGUGGGCGGCGGCGCGGCGCUGGCGGCGUGGACGCAGGCGCUCGCGAGGGCCACGCUGCCCGGGCCCUCCCCGGUCGAAGAAUCAAAACAGUUCUCGGAAACCGACUACUCAGACGAGGAGUCCGACACAGAAAGCCCCGAGAAACGACUGGAACAAAAGGACAGAGAGAGAGAACGAGAGCGCGACAAAGAACGCGAGAAAGACAAGGACAGAGACAAAUCCAAGUUUGGGUCGUUGAAGAAACUGACGCAUCGCAUGCAGAGGAGCGAGUCUCAGGAACAUGUGGGACAUUCGUCAACUAGUCUGGACAGGAAGUAUCUGAGAUUCUUUUCGAGGAAUAAGAACAAGGACGAAAACAAGGCUAAUAAGAACAAACCCGUAGUGGCUCCAGUAGUGGUCCCGACGGAGCACUACCGCAGCUACCGGCGCGCGCCCUCGUCCGACCUGUCCCCCGCGUCCCCCGCGUCCCCCGACGACCCCCGCGUCGCGCCCCCCGCGCCCCCCGCGCCGCGCCCCGGCGGCCGCCUGCCCACGCCCAUCAACUACAUACACGCUUCUAACCCCAAUUUAUUAGACUUCGAAAAGAGCGAUUUCGCCGCCAAACCCAACCUGCAAAUACCACUACCAAAAUCCAAAGUCCACAAACCUGAUAAUUUCAUCGGUCUGGUCACGCUAGAGGAGUUUAUGCUGAAGAAACAGGAGGAAGAGAGACAGCAAGUGUACUCGAAUAGGGUGCUAAUGGGGAUAGAGCGAGACAAGAAAAGCGAUGAGAGCAAUAAGCGCGCGGCAAAAGACUUGCAGAAGCAACUGGAGAAGAUAGUCCCCGAUGUGAUAUAUGGAGAGCUACCGACGUAUUCUGAUGAUAAGUUGCCAGUUCCGGUCGUGGAACAGAUCCAGAGUAGGACGCUGCCUAAGACUCCGGAAAGAGCGGACAAAAUAGACAAAAGUCACAUGAAACCUGUCUCUAUCAAGGGCAAAGAUGGCUACGAGAAAAUAGUCUACACGAGCGACGGGAAACUGAAGUCUAGACGAGAUUCUGAGCCGACUGAACCACCGAAGAUCAAACCCAGGAAGCUAUCCCGCCCUUCGCCAGACAUCGCUAGGAAAUCCUCCCUCACCAGUGCUAAAGACCUCGGCUACGAAGUUAUUUACGGAGAUGAAGGGAAGGCGGAUUCGAAAUCAGUGUCUCGGAACAUGUCGACGACUAGUUCGAAGGAUCUGGGGUACGAGACGGUGUUCGGUGAAGCGGACAAUUCGGCGAAGGGCAGCUGUAAUUCGGUGUUCGAGCGGCGCGCGUCCGACGACCGCCCCGCGCCGCCCAAGAUCAUGCCCAAGUCUAUGCAGGUUCUAAACCGGCAGAGCAGCCUGACGUCCACCACUAGCCGCACCUCCGCAUCCACACCCACCCGCACUCCCGGCGACACGGCUCGCACCCCGGGCGGCGAUACGGCUCGUACCCCAAGCGGCGACACGGCCCGCGCGGCGCCAGGGAGUGGCGUGGAUACUAGUCCCGUGUUCCUGCAGGGAGAGAGCCCCGAGAAGUUCUGGUUGAACUCACUCAGGAGAAAUGAUAAGGUGGUGGCAUUCCCCUCCUCAUCAUCAUCAUCACCCGGCGGCAGCAAGCCGCUGAAGAGCGCGCGCAACUACUCGCCUGUGACCCUCCCCCCCGCGCCCGCCCCCCUCGCCGCCGCGCCCGCGCCCAGAGACAGAUCGCCGUCCCCGCCGACGGGCAUGUCCCGUCUGCGCGCCAUGUUCUCCCGCCCGCGCCCGCGCCCGCCACAGGAGGUCCCCCCCACGACGGCGGAGGAGGGCCCGGCGUGGGCCGUGCAUUAUCCGCAUUUGCAGUGCCCGCCCACCUUCGAACCUGAGACCUACAGCCUGCAACCACGGAUCCUGCAUAAAGAGGACAAGCUCUGACACCGGAUUGCGGGCUUUGUGGGAAGCUUUGUGAGGGUUAGACUGGGGUUUCAGCGGACCACGUAACUUCGAUAAAGAUAAAAAUUAUUUAUUUAGAGUCUAGCACCACACAUCUAAACAAACACAUUAGGUAUGUGUUGUGUGUGAUGUGUUAGGUAUGUGGCCAGUUUUCCUAUGACGUAUUUAUAUUUUUUAUGUGUCUAAACUGUAAUCGGCUUGUUUCUUUCAGUAAACAGUGGAUGUGCAUUAAUAAAUGCAACGUUGCGUAGAGGACUAGCAAAAGCGUUUACUAUUUUUGUCUUACGUGAUGCUAUUGACAAUAUAGUAUUGCUAUGUUUCGUCAGGUUAUGUGAAUCGCUGUAUACUUACUGUAAUAAUUAUAUAGGUAUACAAGGCGUUACCUAUGUUUCUAUGUAUUAUACAAAGUUCUAGUGGUGUCUAUAGCUACUAUGAUGAAAUCGUAACUAUGGAAGUUUGUAUAAUUUUAUUCAUUCGAUUAUGUGAUCAUUUUAGGAAGCUCUGUUCUUUGUAAUGAAAAGAGG